GUAGUCAGUACUGUCCGUGUUUAAUGAGUAAGACUGCUGCAAAGUGAUGGAAAUUUCGGUGUCGUCGUCGGAUUAGAAUCAACUGUUUGCGCAAACGACGCGCGUUCCGGACGUUUUGUGUUUCGGCCUUUGUACGACGUUUUAGCGUAAUCGCGUUUUGGUAAAAAAACCAAACUAAAAAAAACGGGAUUGAUCGCCAAAAAAAAAAAAAAAUUUUUAAAAACAACCAAAAACCGCGAUGGACUAUUCAGCUGGCGAUCGUGGGACGGCGGACACUGUUCUAACGCCUAAAAACCUUUGAUAUCGAUUAUCGAACAUCGACCGCUGCUGGUGGUUGCGAGCCUCCUGUUAGCCAACACUAAUUUUUUCAACUGCUAAAAACACUGAAAUGCAAUGUCUGAAACUGUGACGGAUAUAAGUCUAUUAUCGGGUGAUAAUCGACAAAGGCAAUUGGAAGCAUUGUUUUUAGGUGGUCCAAUCCAAGGUCAGGGAAAAUGCUUCAGCAUAGAGACCCUUCUCGAUGUUCUACUCGUGUUGUAUGAUGAAUGUAAUAAUUCAUCAUUACGCAGAGAAAAGACUGUAUCAGAUUUUAUUGAGUUUGUUAAACCCGUUGCAACAUGUGUAAAAUCACUACGAUUGACCAGAGAUGAUUUUGAAACCAUAAAAGUCAUCGGUCGAGGUGCUUUUGGAGAGGUAUGUGUUGUGCACAUGAAAGGAACAGAGAAAAUAUAUGCAAUGAAAAUACUAAAUAAAUGGGAAAUGCUCAAAAGGGCUGAAACCGCUUGUUUUCAAGAAGAACGAGAUGUUUUAGUCUACGGUGAUAGAAGAUGGAUUACGAAUUUGCAUUAUGCUUUUCAAGAUGCAACAAAUUUGUAUCUUGUUAUGGAUUAUUAUUGCGGUGGUGAUUUAUUAACAUUGUUGAGCAAAUUUUUCGAUCGUCUUCCUGAAGAUAUGGCUAGGUUUUACAUUGCCGAAAUGAUACUAGCUAUUAAUUCAAUUCAUGAUCUACAUUAUGUACAUAGAGAUAUAAAGCCUGAUAACGUAUUGUUAGACGCUAACGGUCAUAUCCGUUUAGCGGAUUUUGGAUCGUGUUUGAAAGUCGGGGCUAACGGAUAUGUUGAAAGCAACGUUGCUGUGGGAACACCAGAUUACAUAUCACCUGAAAUAUUGCAAGCCAUCGAAGACGGUCAAGGGUGUUACGGACGUGAAUGUGACUGGUGGUCUUUGGGCGUAUGCAUGUAUGAAAUGAUUUAUGGUGAAACGCCAUUUUAUGCUGAAUCUCUUGUACAUACUUACGCCAAGAUAAUGAAUCACAAAAACUGUUUCGAUUUUCCAAAUGAUCCAGAAGUACAAGUUUCCGAUGCGGCCAAAGAUCUAAUGAGAAAACUUAUUUGCAGUGCUGAACAAAGGCUCGGUCAGACUGGCAUUAAAGACUUUAAAGAACACGAUUGGUUCAGCGGAAUAGAUUGGGAUACAAUUAGGGACAGCAUAGCCCCUUAUAUUCCAGAAGUUUCGAGCCCGACAGACACUAGCCAUUUUGACGUCGAAGAAGUUGAUAUAAAAACCGAUAUUUUUCCACCAACGCCGUCUAAUCCAAUAUUUUCUGCUCUACAUUUACCAUUCAUUGGUUUUACAUUCACUCAAAACAGCCAUGUGUCGGACCUUGGCUCAAUUGAAAAAUCACUAACAUCGGGAAGGACAACAAAGCGAAUAAAAUUACAAGAUGGCGUGAACAAAACUGAAGACUCUGAAGAUCAAUUGAAAAAGUAUCGCGAAAACUUAAAAUCAACUUCGGGCGAUGAAAAAGAAUUGGAUCUCAUAAUAAAAAAAUUUCAACAAGAAAAAGAAGAAUUACUAAAGGAAAAACAAGACGCUCAAGAAAAGUUGAAAGCCCAAGAAAUUGAACUGAUGGAUGCGGUUGGACAAAAAAAUAAUGCGAUGACUGAAUAUGGACAUGUUACAAACAAACUAUCUGAACUAAGACAACACAAACAAAAACUUUCCCGGUUGAUAAGAGAUAAAGAAGAGGAGUUGGAAGAAGCUAUGUCAAAGGUAGACAUUUUACGCCAAGAAGUGCGUCGUUCAGAAAAAGUUCGACGAGAACUUGAGGGUCGGUUAGAAGAAACCAUGGCUGAAGUAUUAAGUGAACGAAAAUUACGUGAAAAAAGUGAAGAACAGUGUAAUCAGCUUAAAGCCGAUCCCGAGAGAGCUAAUUCAUUGUCAUACUCUACUAACUUGUCUAAUCUCAAUGACGGCUCCAAUCAACGAGCGUUACAAGAAAUAAGUCGUUUGAAAGGCGAAAUCGAAAGGUUGGGAUUAGAGUACAACGAAAAAAUCAACAAAGAACAAACAAAGUACAAUAUAGAAAUUACCAAGUUAAAGGAUCAACUUUUGGAAAAUGAAUCCAAACAAAAGUCGUUAGAAAAAGAAAAAAAGGAUAACCUUGAAGUUAUUUGUACUAUAGAGUUUGAGCAUAAACGAAUGAAAGACGAAUUGAUUGUGAAACAACAGACGAUUAACCAGUUGGAAUCACAAAUUUCAGACAUAAUACAAUGGAUAAGCGACGAAAAAGAUGCUAGAGGUUAUUUACAAGUACUCGCAGCUAAAAUGAAAGAAGAACUUGAGUUUUUAAAACAAUGUCCAACUAACAAUGGCCAAUCAGCAUUGGAUAAUAGCUGGAGAAACAGACGAAGUCAAAAAUUAGAUAAAAUGGAAUUGUUAAAUCUACAAAGCUCAUUGCAAUCAGAAAUUCAAGCCAAACAAUCGAUUGGUGAAGAAUUGAGCAAGACCAGAUCUGAAUUAAUUGCCAUGCAAAAAGAGUUGAGAGAUUUUCAUCAGCGUUAUGAGGCAUUAGCGUAUGGCAUGAAAGAUAAAGAUGAUCUAAUUAAGGAGCUUCAAAAUCAAAUAGAUGCUAGACAGUCCUUUUUAGGCCAGUCAUCAUGUUCUCCGUUAUCUUAUCUAGAUCAGUUUUUAAAUGAAACUGGAUCUGGAGGUAAUAAUAAAUCUAACAGUAUCAAUGACACAAUUGACAGUUAUGAAAGAAGUUUUGAAGAAAAUAAAGCAUUAUCAAUUAGCAAGUCAAGUUUUUCAGAUUUUAACAAUAGUGGAAAUUCUAGAUCACUGUCUGAAAAAGGUAAAUGUCACCAGUUUGUUGUGCGAACGUUUUCUUCGCCAACCAAAUGUAACCACUGCACAUCACUAAUGGUGGGACUUGUACGGCAAGGAGUUAUAUGUGAAGUAUGUGGAUUUGUUUGCCAUACAAUAUGUGCUGACAAAGUGCCAUUACUCUGCCCAGUGCCUCCAGAUCAAACCAAACGGCCUUUAGGAAUUGAUCCAACUCGUGGCAUUGGAACGGCAUACGAAGGAUAUGUUAAAGUGCCGAGAUCGGGUGGCGUAAAGAAGGGAUGGAUGAGACAGUUUGUGGUAGUUUGUGAUUUCAAAUUAUUCUUGUACGAUAUAUCACAAGAUCGUAAUGCGCUACCCGCAGUAACAGUUUCUCAAGUUUUGGACAUGCGAGAUCCUGAAUUCGCAGUGUCUUCUGUAAGAGAAUCUGAUGUGAUUCAUGCCGGCAAGAAAGAUAUACCAUGUAUUUUUCGUAUCACCACAUCUCUUUUGGAUCCACCAGGAGUGAAAAAUCAAACUUUAAUGCUGGCAGACACGGAGAGUGAAAAAAAUAAGUGGAUCGUUGCUCUAAGCGAGUUGCAUAGAAUUUUUAAACGAAACAACUUGCCCAAUACGACGGUAAUUUUCAAAGCUAAGGAAUUGAUUGACAACACACUGACAAUUACUAAAAGUGCCAUGGCCAGUGCGAUUAUUGAUUCUGACCGUCUGGUUAUCGGAACCGAAGAUGGCCUUUAUUGUAUUGACCUUGAUCAAUUAGAAAUUGCAAAAAUUGGGGAAGCCAAGAAAAUAUAUCAAAUUGAAUAUAUUACUGAAGAACAACUAUUGAUAGUUUUGUCCGGCAAACAAAGACAAGUGCGUUUAAUUCCUGUGAGAGCAUUGGACGGAGACGAUGUUGAGUGGGUUAAAGUGGCAGAAAGCAAAGGAUGCAUUACUUUUUGCACGGGUUUGAUGAAAAAAUACCCUGGAAUGACAAAUCAUCAAUACUGUUUGUGUAUAGCUAUAAAACGACAGAACACUUCGCAGGUUAUUAUUUAUGAGGUGACCAGGACGAAACAGAGACACAGGAGACUUAGAGAAAUAAUGUUACCGUCGCAAGCUCAGAGUUUGACAAUAUUCACCGACGGCAGGCUAUGUGUCGGCUACCAUUCUGGUUUUAGUGUAUAUCACUUGACGGGGGAUCAUCAUCCAAUUUCUUUAGUUCAUCCAGACAACCACAUGAUGGGUUUUUUGUCAUAUUCAGCGAUGGACGCCAUUAAGGCCAUAGAACUCCCUAGAGGAGAGUUCCUUUUAAUAUUUCAAUCUUUGGGAAUCUACGUUGAUUCUCAGGGUCGAAAAUCUCGGGAUAGAGAAAUCAUGUAUCCGAGCGAUCUUGUCGAUGCAAGUUAUUGUGAUGGGCAUUUGAUGAUAUAUAGUGAAUCACACAUCAACAUAUUCAAUGCGGAUAGUGGUGAUUGGGUUCAGACGUUAAACUUGAGAAAUUCACAUCCUAUCAACAACACUGGAGCGUUGACAGUGUGUUAUAUUGACGAUUUCCCCUACAUAGUAUACUUAUCAAACGUACACCAAAGAGAGCUGAUUAAUAUCAGGUGGAGGGAGAUGCCUGGUAGUAUGUCCAUUCCACGUACCAGAAGAAGGUUUUCCAUGCGAGAAGGCCAAAAGGCGACAAGAGGUCCUGACCGUAGAUCAAAGAUCAUAUCUGCACCAACAAAUUUCAACCACAUCAGUCACAUGGGACCUGGUGACGGAAUACAGAUUCAAAGAUUGCUCGAUUUGCCCACAACAGUCGAAACUGCCGAUUCGAUGCCACCAAUAUCUAAACCUCCCCAACAGUUCAAUACUGCUUCCAGUAAACAUUCCUUUCAAAUGUCAAGAAGUCCAUCCCAACAGCCUCAAGCGACAUUAGCAGACAAAUUCAGAAUCGCAAGAGCGGCAAAACAUGCCAUGAUUGACAUGUCGCGCCGAUCUUCUGAGGAACGUAAAAAUUCAUUAAUUUUACGUGCUGAAUACAAUAAACAACCUGUAUACCAUCCGGUUAUUGGACCCACCACCAAGAGAUCGUACGUUAAAAAGAAGUCCCUCCUUCAGUCUAGGGGAGCGGAAACGUUUGGAUCCAACUAUUCACCUCACCACCAUUCGGAUACUGAUCUUCCACCAAACAUGUCGCACUCGUUAAACCGCAGCAUAUCGUCCUUGAACGAGUACAAAGAUCAUCAGAUUGGCAGCUCCAGACAUUCUGUCGCCUCGAACAACAGCAGUAACACCAGCACACCUCCGAGUCCAAACCGCGAACACGGAUCAUCCAGCUACGACAGUUAGAGAUAAUUUUAUCUUAGAUUUAUCAAUUAUAAUAAUUAUUACUCAAGUGUUCGAAACACUAUUAAUGCUAUUCCUUUUUUUGGUCAUACAUCGUUAUUGCUACGUAUAUCAGGUACAUUUUCGUUUCUGUGUACAUGAAUACGUACAUGAAUUUCACUGUUAUAUCGCUGAAUGAUAUAAGUUGUUAACAAACAUUAAUUACCAUCUCUUAUGUACUUAGAUAAAUGUUAAGUGCAUUUAAAUUUGUAAAAUUCAUAUGGUCGGCCAUCACACAUAAAACAAAAGACUUUUUUUUAACCAUUUAAUAUAAAUACUUACAAUAAUACUCCUCAAAAGUAAUCAUGGAGUAAUCAAUAGACUAAUAAUAUUGUGAUAGUCUCAUUUAUACAGCUAAAUUACCAUCGAGUUUAUAUUAUUUUGUACAGCAAUAUCAUAUUCUCGAUAGUAAUAUUAUACGAUGAUGUUUUUUUUAUUUAAAUAUUUUUAAAGUAUAUGUAAAUGUUUAGAUGUUAUCUGUUGAGUAUUUUUUUUAUUAAGAAUGGUUAAUGUUAGUUCUGAUCGUUAAAUGUUUCUAGCGAUGUUUUUGUGUGUCGGCUAAUAUAAUAAUAACAAGUUGGUUCUUUCUGUAUGAUUUUAUAUUAUUAUUUAACAUUGCAAAGAGUUAUUUUUUAAAACUUUAUUUCUACAUUGAAGUUGUGAAAAACCAGCUUAAAUUUGUAUUCUAGUCCAUAUUUUGUAUACUUAUAUUUUGAUUUACACAACUCGAUCUUAAACUUAUCGAGUUUUUGUGAUCAAAAAUAUUUGACCUAUCCCACUAAGUAUUUCAUUUUUAUACCAAACGUUUUUAUUCAUCAUUGUGAACCACCAUAGUUAUAAGUAAUCAUUUUGAUAUUUUUUAUGUACAAAUAAAAUCACUGACAAAUUUAGUAUAAAACAAGAAACCGAUAAUUUUGGGCAUUUAAUAGAUUCUAAAUAAUUGGUUUUUGAAAACUUAACUUUUUUUUUUUAAUUUAUGUUUUUACUAAAAUUAACGACAUCUCGAACAUGAUUCGUUUUGCAGUUGAUAUUGCCAUUCGAUUACCAUUAACGAAUUUGCUCAUAUACUUAAUACUGUUAUUUAUGGUAAUUGCAUAAAUGUUGCAACAUAUUCUGAUAAAUGAACAAAGCGAAUUUGAAUUGUUUUACUAUUAUUAUUAUUAUUAAUUUUUUUUUAUUUUAAAGUAAAUAUAUAGUAUCCUUUUAAGUUAUUUAGAAAAUUAGUUAGUUAUUAUUAGGAUUAUUUUCUGUUAUAAUUGUUUGGUUUCAAAUUCUAUAUCAAAGCAAAACGUCUAAUAAGUGCCAAUAUUUUAAUUUUGACAUAUUAAAUCUUUGUUUCCAUCAAUUUUGUUAUCACCAUUAUUUCUUUUAAUUAUCUUAUUAGACUUAAAGUUGACUUUUCGAUAACGUUUGAAAGUAUACAAAUUAUCAUAUUAUUUUUAUUCUAAAAAUGUAGGGUAAAACAAAUUGUCAAAGGCCCAAUCAAUUGCUCAUUUUAUAUUAGUAAUAAACGAGAAACAAAAUAAUUAUUGUCGGAUUGCAAACCAAAGAACAUUAAAUUCUGGAUUUUACUAAAAUGUUGUAGUACAAGUGAUUUUCAUAUAAAAUUUACAUUUUUUACACUAUACCAAAAGCUUUAAAUUAUAAUAUUAAUGUUUCCUGUUUUUUUUUCUAGUUGUAAUUAUUUUUUAAUUUAAUGCUUAUGCAUUGAGAAUGUAAUUUGUUUAAUACGAUAAUGUGUUAUGCUUGCUCAUUUGAUUUUGUAUCUUUUCCAUACCAUGUUUACUGUAGUACACAAUUACUAUAUUAUUAUUAUUGCUUAUACUUUUGAGUCGUAGAUAUUUCAAAUGAAAUAGUCGAGAUGACGCAGGAGUUAAAUAUAAAUGUUAUUAUGAAUAAUUAUUUUAGUGCUAAUAAAAAUUAUUAUUUUUAUAUUGACUAACAUUGUGAAGAACUUAACAUUAAUUAUAAUUACUAUAGGAGUUUAACUGAGUUUGUAACACUUACUUUAUCAUUAACAUAAAACUAACAUUGACAAUAAUUUUAAACUUAUAUAUAUAUAUAUAUAUAUAACUAUUAUAAUAGUAGUAAUGUUGUAAUGUUAUGCGUAUUGUUUGCGCUACUCUUGACGUGUAUCGUUCGAGUUAAAUACUAUUAAAUUUCUACUUUUCAUAAUAUUCUAGUCUUUUGAACCUUUUUACAAUAUUAUCGUACUUGUACAAAAUUUAACGUACCUAUUAUUUAUAUCUAUUUACCUGUAUAUGACUUAUUGUAGUUAUUGCGAGGAUCGAGUUUUUUUUUUUUAUUAUUAUUAUUAUAAUUAUUAUUAUUUUUGCAAUAUUGUAUAAUUUUUUCUUUUUGUAAAUCAAUUAUAUAGAUUAGACGGAAUCAAUUAAAUCCAAGGCAAUUAUUAGAUUAUAGUAGUUUUAUAUCAAUAUUUAGAUGACACUAUAUAGGGAUCUGCAAUGUAAUUUGUACACCAUAAUUAUUAACAAUUAUUGUAGUGAAAUUAUUAUUUUGUUUUAUCGGUAAAAAAAAAUACCAAAA